AUUUUCUCAGAGAAUAAGUGCAGGAACUCCUCUCUUCUGAAUAAUUUCUUGUCUCCACCCCUUACCCAUCUCUGGGAGCCAUCCCUUAGUUCCGCCCUCUACACACCUCCCAAUAUUGCUCCUUAUAGAGAAUACACAGUCAAGCAGGGGCGGACUGACCAUUGGGGAACUCGGGCACUGCCCGAGGGCCCGGGGUCAGUAUGGGGCAACAUGAGAUGCUUUUUUGGAUGUGGUUUGAGUGUGGGCGAGGACACAGGGGCCCUAUGAUCCCCUAUUUCCCGGGGGUCCCAUGA